AACUCAGAAUCUUCUCAGUUGCAUUCAGCUGAACCCAUACCUGCUGUCAGUAUGUCUUACAGCUGCUGCUCUAGAAACUUCUCCAGCUCCGUCGGGGACCACCUGCAAUAUCCAGGCUCUUCCUGUGGAACUUCCGACCACAGCAACCUGGUCCACAGCACUAACCUGUGCUCUCCUAGACCCUGCCAUCUGGGCUCCACUCUCCACAGUGGCUGUCAGGACACGAUCUACAGACCCAUCAGAUCCCAGACACCUUAUGUGGUGUCCAGCCCCUGCCACACACCCUGCCACCGCCCCAGGAUCUCCACACUUUGUGAUCCUCGCCAGACGAAUUCUGGAACUCUGGGUUGUGGAUCCAGCAGCUGCUCUCGCCCAGUGAGCUGUGGAUCCAGUGGCCUCAGACCCCUGGGUUACAGACCCCAGGGCUUCUCUUCCCUGGGCUGUGGAUCUGGAUUAUACCGCCCAUCCUACUUGCCUUCUAGUGCCUGCCAGUCUUCUUGUUACAGGCCAACCUGUGGAACUGGAUCUGGGUUCUGA